GAUUUCACAUGUGAUUUUUUUUGAUAUAUCAUGGCAAUGCAUGGAAUAGAUAUCAAUGAAGUGUUUCAUCUGAUGAAAAUUUUAGUAACACCUGAAUUAAGAAAAGACAAAGAUGCUGGGUUGGAGCAAACAAAUUGUGUAUUUGGUGCAGCCUUAAGUCUUGGCCUAAAAGCAUUUUGGGAAUCACUAGAGAGAAAAAGUUCAGAAUUCAAGGAAGUUUUCCAAAAAAAUAGAAACAGACUGAAACACAAGUACAGAACUGAUUCCACUUUGCAUACAUUUCUAGAAGUGUGUCUAGUUUUGUUGUAUACACUUCAUGUUGCUCUGAAAGAAAAGAUGUCAGAAUUUAAGAAGACGGAACAGAAGAAUUUGAAACCAAAUGAGGCCCCUCCUCUUUCUCCAGACACCUUGAGUGUGGGCCAACAGAAGACUGUCCUCUCAAUUCUCCAGUUCACUGUGGUUCUAGGACUCUGCCCUCAUCUACAACCAGGAAUCGGUAUCCCUAUAGAGAGGCGGUCAGAGUUUGGGAAACUCCUGUUGGAGUCUUCAAUGUUGACUGCUUUGUCUGGUCAUGAGCAUUAUGUGUCUCUUCUUCAGACUGUGUGGGUGCUGAUGACUUGCUUAGAUUCUCCCUCCCUGGGGCAGAUUAUACUGUCCCGUCAUCUUAAUGACAUUCUGGCUGCUUUGUUACAACUUGUUCAUGGGAAACAGACGGCUGUUGAUAAAAACAAGACAUCUCCAGAGAUAUGUAUAGGAGCUGAUCACAAAGAGGAGAAAGGAACAGCCAAGGAGAGUGGGAGCUCAGGAUCUGGAAGCUUGACUCCUGCUUCUGUGGUUGAUAUGGUUACUCAAAAAGGGAGAAUGGAUUUCACAAAUGGGACAGAGGCAGAGAUAAAAAAGAAUGAAUCAGACAAUCAAUUUUACAAAACAGCAGAUAAAGUGGACAACAAAACAAAAGAUGAGACAUUUGUAACCAGUUCUGAUGUGCAACAAUCUAAAUAUGAUGGUCACGGUCCAUCGCCUUCUGACCAGUGGAUGGUAGACACCUCAUUUUGUGAGGAAUCUCUUGCUGAUCUCACCAAGAAGGUCCAUCCUUCAUUGCUGGUCCGAGAACUUCUGAUUCUGCAAGGUGCUCCAGGACCAAGUUUUACUAAAAAGCAAUCUGUGAAUCGUAAAUUUGCACUGAGUCAGUCACCACAGUGGCUGAGGAAGGUGUGUGGUCGAAUGUUAUCCAACAUUUUAACUGGACCCAAUGGAGUUCUCAACAUCAUUAAAGGGAUGCUGGGAAAUGUUCCAGAUGACAGUAGCUGUGGUCCACCGGACUGGAGAAAGUUUGAUGCUGUCGCAAAAGUGAUUGCUACCUGUCCUUCCAACAUUGAAUCACUUGAAGAAUACUACCAGAAAAUUUCACCGCAGAUUUUGCAGUUGCUGCAUCCCAAGGACAGACAGAUAGGUCAUGGUUUGCUCCGUGUGGCCUGUACCACGAUUUCUUCCAUGACGGUCCAAAACACAUCACUGGCAGAGAAGUAUCUGAUUAAACCUAUGUGUCGGCCUCUCAUAUACAGCACGGAAUAUCAUGAAACAAGUCAAGAAAAGCAAUUUAUCAUAGCAUCUGAAGGAGAAAUUCGAGACUGCAUUGAAGGUCUUCAUAAGGUGUUUAUCGGGGGAGUGGAACCAUGCAGUUCUCUGUACACGUCCUUACUUCCUGUUUGCCAGCCUCUUUUUGAGCUUUUCUGUUUCACAAGGAAAGGACCUUCACAUUUAAGUUCCCCAUCACAAGAAUUACUGGUAUCUGUGCUGAAGAAUAUGGACCAACAACUCUGUUUGUCUGUUUUAAAAUUCCUACUGUUACAAGAUAAUACAGACCCUGGUGUGAAAUCCAUGAAGGUCAUACAUCCUAAUUUGACCUUUGCAGCAGGAGGCCAGGGUGGUGUAGUCAUAGUAACAAGACUUGAAAGUGAUACCAGUGAGAAAGACUACAUCAGAGUUGUAGGGGCUAUGGUGGACAUCCUCAAGCCUCUACAGCAGUCAGGGAUAACUGGGGAUUUCCUUAUCUUCACUUUACAGGAGCUGCAGAGGAUAAUACACCAUGAAAUCUCCAAUGAGGUUCCAGGACCUCAAGAAUCCUUCUCUGCUCCUUCAGAUUCCUCACAGACUUUGUUAGACAUUGAGGACCGACAACACCAGGAACUGAGGUCCUACCACCAGAAAGUGAUGGUCCUCAAUGUUCUGGCCCAGCUAUGUGAGGACCUAGGGCCUAGCUGUAUCAAGAGCCCCUCACAAACACUCCAAUUUGUACAGGCAACCUUAGAAAGGGCCAUACAGAUCUGCAGCCAAUCAGAUGAUGAGAUGACUGGCUAUUUUGAAAGCGAGACUCUAACCAUGGCAAUGGGAUUGUUGACUGCCAUGUUAUCUGGUGCUGUUGAGAUGAAUGAAAAAGACAGAGAUGAUAUGCAGAUUCUGAUGCCUCUACUAGACACAGUCAGCAAAGUUCACUCUGACCUUAGUGUACAGGAAAUGGCCUCUGACCUCAGAAUUGCCAUAGCAACUCAUGGUGCUGUGUGGUCUGACAAGUUACAGAAGAAGGUAUCAAAGACCAAAGACUCUCCAGAGCCAGAGGACAGAAAAGCCAAACCUCUUAUUGAGGAGUUGUCUGACAAAACUCAAUCUUGUAAGAUCAGUGACAAAACAGACAGGAGUCGUGAAAGAAAUAACAAUAAAAAGUCAGAGCUGGAACAAGCAAUGGAGGAGAUUUGUGACCCUUUAAUUCCCGUCAGGGGUCAUGCUCUGAUUACCAUGUGCCGCUUGAUGAAGCAGAGGGAUCCAGAAGCUGUGAGUAAACAGGGAAUGAUCCUGAAGAUCUUCCAGGAGAACUUGAGUCAUCCGGACUCCUAUCUCUACCUGUCAUCCGUCAAUGGGUUGGUAGCCAUGGCAGACAUCUUCCCUGACAUUGUCAUACCUUGUCUUGUCCAGGAGUUCAGAGGAAGUGUAUCACAGAGUACAGACAAAAGUGGAAAGUUACCAGGUCAAACUGGUGGCAAGCAUGGUGCAGAGACCAGGAUGAAGGUGGGGGAGUGCCUAGUGCAAACCUCCAGAAAUCUUGGUGAUCUGGCACCAAAGUAUAGAGACCUCCUUUUAUCAGCCUUCUUGGUGGGAGCCCGAGAUCCUGACCCACUGAUCAGAGCUAGCAGUAUGUCCAAUGUAGGGGAGGUCUGCUCGGUGCUUAGGUUUAACCUGGGACCCAUCAUUCAAGAGGUUUUUGCUUGCUGCAGUGCUUUGUUGAAGUCCGAUUCCGACGCUGAAGUUAGGAAGGCCUCGGCAAUGACCCUCGCUCUGACACUGAGGGGUCUAGGGAAAAGUGCCAUUCAAAUUUUGGAUUCAGUGAUGAGGGAAUUAUACCAGCUGCUGAAGUUGACAUUGAAAUCAGAGAAAGAUGAAGGAGUACAGAGACAAAUUGUGCUGGCCCACAACGAGUUAGAGGACAUCAUGAAGGAAGUGUUGUUUCCUAAACAGGUCUUACAGAAGAAAAUACGAAUUCGUGAUGCUGAAUUUUAAUAAUCCACUCUUGAUUUUGAAUAAACGAAAUAUUUUGACAAA